AUGAAGCUCCCAAUCCUCUUCUUCGCCGCAAUUUUGGAGACUUUUGCUCAGUGGGAUGAGAGCGCUGCCUAUAAGAGUUUGCUGUUCGAUUGCCCCGAGGCGGCCGAAUACUUUCCCCCGGACGCAAUACGUGGCCAUAUUUUUGGUAUAACGCGGUUCGCGGUCCCGUAUUUCCACAAUUACACGUUCGACCUGGAAACACUGGAAAUCGAUGCGGCCAAGUAGGGAGUUGGUUUCGAGGUUCGGCAUUACAGAGCUGAAAAUCAACUAACAAAAUUCUCGUGAUUUCAGCGCUUCCAGGCCUGUGACACAUAUUUACAACUCCUGGGCAUUCUUUGGGGAUUUUCAUCAGCCCGAGACGCCUCAUCUAAACUCCUGGGUAUUCAAUGCGGAAUUUCAACAUUUUGGAAUUCUGCGAUAUGUAGAAGAAGAACGGUAAGUAUUACUCUGAGUGCAACACUCUGAUUUUUAUGAAAUUUGGCACAAAUUUGGAAUAAUCCUUUCGUAUGCUGGACUGCCAGUCUGCGUUUUGCAGAAACGAGUCAGAUCUUUUUUUCUUUUUUCUUUUUUUUUGAAAAAGCGGCAUUUUUUGGAAAAGAUGCAAAAACAAAAAAAUAAAAAAAAAUUUUUGAAAAAAAAUUGAGAAAAAAACGAAAAAAAAGGAAAUAAAGGAAAAUAAAAAAAAUAGGAAAAAGUUCCUUAUUCUGGCCACAAAAAUGUACUCUGCGAACUGCGCCCAAGCUUGGGAACUAAAGUUAAGAAAAAAGGCUUCUACCUAACUGGCACUGAUUACUAUAAUAGCUCUGUAGUUUUAAGGGUACCUACGAAGGCGAUAACGACCCAUUUAGUUCUUUACGGAGGCAAUAAGUUUAGUUCUGGACAGGUUUCAUCGUAUAAAGUGUAAAACCGCAGGCUGCAGCCGUUUUUGAAGGGUAAGGUGUUACGUAAAAAAAGGUACCUCACUAACUAAAUCCACUUGUCCGGGGAGUUGACAACGAUGAAUUGAGGCCCAAAUUUGGGCUAAUUCUGACCAGUUUCCAGUUGACGAAAGUUGGUCAUCUUUGAAGCUCUAUAAAAACCGCUACAAUAAACCAAACUACACGAAGCAUGUAUCAGUAGACAGCGUUUUCAACGCUCUUUCAGGCGAUAUUUACACAUGCACCAAAGCUUUAAUUCUACUUGUAAAAAAAGCACAACUAAAAAAACGGCACGGUCAUACUUCUAACAGGGGAAAUACUCCAAGUGCGACGCUCACAAGGGAAGUCGUUCAGAUCGCAAAUGAACUAUGACAUGAGACCUGUGUGGUUUUAUGGUCACAUACUCUACUAUAACGAAUAUAAAGGCAUUUUUGCGUCUGGGCCCAAUCUACAUAAAGGCACAAAUCUACAUAAAAUUGGAAAAGCACAAAAAAAAUUUUUUUUACGCAUACUGUAGUGUACACAGUAGUCUUACCCUUUACAUUGCAGGUGAAAGGAAUCGAACCCAGCCCCCCGGCCCAAAAGAAGAUUCGUUAGACGAGCGCUCUUUCCACUCGGCCAACUGGGCAGCUGUUUGGGUUUGCUUUCGGAGAGAGGACUUUUUCGGCGCUCUCUUCUUGCGAAACUUUAUAGUCGAUUUUCUCGGCCGCGGGGGCCCAGACGCAAAAAUGCCUUUAUAUUCGAUAUAGUAGAGUAUGUGACUAUAAAACCACACAGGUCUCAUGUCAUAGUUCAUUUGCGAUCUGAACGACUUCCCUUGUCAGAUUUUGAUGAAACUUGGCACAAAUUUAGAAUAACUCUUUAUAAGAUUCAUCCGAGAAUCCUAGCUCGCGCUUUGCAGAAACAACCGAGAUUUUUAGAUCGAAAGUCAGCCAAAAUUUUGGACUUUUUGCCGAAUUUUGGCACGAAAAUUUUCAUGCCUACUUCUACUGUAAAGGAUAAUGUUUCUACAAAAAAUCAAAAUUUUCCGCACGAAACUGCCAAAGUUAUGGCCAAAAAGCGCUUUUCUCGGAACUUUCACCCUUUCAUUUUCAGCAAACCUUUUUAUGACUUAUGGUUCAACGGCUGGUACGGUCUGGCCUAUGGUUAUCUCUCCGGAAUUGUCGACAUUUUUCAACGAGUCUUUACGGAAGGAAAAAACCUGUUUUAUUGGAGUCGGAACGGCUCGACGAUUACACUUAACCGAUUUCAAGUACCGGUUUAUAUACUCCCACCGUAUGAUGACAUCAAAAACUACUUUUACAUGCACGAUCUGCGCGUUAUGUAUUAUUUGAGGGGCGAUGAGUGUCUGCUGGUGGCUAAAAAUUUGGCAACGGUGAGAAAUUGAGGAAACUUUUGGAUAUAUUUGUUUUUUUUUUAAUUUUUUUUGUGUUUUUUUGUAUUUUUUUGUAUUUUUUUGUGUUUUUUUGUAUUUUUUUGUAUUUUCUUGAAAAAAUUUUUUUGGUAAAAGUUCCAUUUUUUGUUUUUUUUUUAAUUUUUUUGUAUUGUUUUAUAUGUUUUGUAUUUUUUUUUUAUUUUCUUGCAAAAUUUUUUUUGGUAAAAGUUCCGCUUUUUGUAUUUUUAUGUUCUUGCAAUAUUUUUUCUUAUUUUUAUUUUUAUUCUUUUUUUUAAACUUUUUUUUAUAUUUUUUUAAUUUCUUUCAGGCACCAAGUCCCCCAUCUCCCGGCCCUCCAGAACUAUGCUACAAACCACAUGGAAUUUAUGCCAGAGCCAAGAUAGGCGUAAUUUAUCCUCUUGUAUGUUGGUUUUUACAAUAUUUCGCACUAACAAGGGGAGUACUCCAAGUGCGACGCUCAGAUUUUGAUGAAACUUGGCACAAAUUUAGAAUAAAUUUUUCUAAGAUAUAUGCGAGAAUCCUAGCUCGUGCUUUGCAGAAACAACCGAGAUUUUUAGAUCGAAAGUCGACGAAAAUUUAGGACUUUUUGUCGAAUUUCGGCACGAAAAGUUUCGUGCCUAUUUCUACCGUACAGGAUAAUGUUUCUACAAAAAAUCAAUUUUUCCCGCUCGAAACUGCGAAAGUUAUGGCCAAAAAGCGUUUUUCUCUCUGACCGCUCUCCAUGUUUAGCGUGCUCUCUCGGCGGCAAAAAUCGUUCGAUAUCUCGGCGGCGCCCGCAAAGCGCGAGCUAAAACUUGCAGGAUUUGAUACUUAGUCCAUACCCGACGUUUAUGCAAAAUUUAAAGAAAAUCUGAGCGUCGCACUUGGAGUACUUCCCCUGUAAAAUAUAAGUAAUUUUGACAAUUUUAACAAUCUUUUAGUCCAAGUUCGCAUGGCUCGGACGACAUUGCAGAUCCCCGUUAUGGGACGAAUACGACGCACAUGCCUAUUAUUUCAUCCGUUUCGUUUAUUCACCGCCGUCGGUAGGUGGAAAUGAUUUUUAUUUUCGUUUAUGCACAGUGCAACGCAAAGUUUGGGGUGCAAAUUUCCAAGUUUUGAAAAUUGGUUUUUGCACGGUGCAAUAAAAAUCGUUUUUUGAGAGCUUUUUUUUGCACUGUGCAGACGCGAUGUUUUGAUCGCCCAAAUCGCGGAACUCUUUGAUUGCACGGUGCGUAGAAAGGUUUGGAGAUUUUUUGAACCGCACCGUGCAAAAAUUUUUUUGUCAAAGUUUCCUGUUGACUGCACAGUGCAAAAAGCAAAGACAAAAAGUUUCGAUCCGCACCGUGCAAACAGUUUUUUGGUUGCACUGUGCAGGCAACAAACAACUUGCUUUAAAAUUUUUUGCUACAGUUGUGAGUUUUUUUCAGGGCACCAAAAGAACAACGACCACCACCACGACUACUACCAUCACAACUACCACCACUACAACCACCACAGUAUUUUUAUUUUCUUUAUUUUUUUUUACCUUCGACCCAAGAUUUUUUGACUGCACAGUGCAGAAAUAAACAGUUCAAAUUUUUCUGACGUAAGUUUUAUUUUCAGACCACCACAACAACAACAACGACCACCACCACGACUACCACUACGAUGUCGACUACAGUACCCUCUACUGUAAGUUUAUGGCGGGUUCAAAAGCUGACAGGACUUUUUUGUCCUUUGAACAGGUUUUUAUUUGACUACACAGUGCAGUACCAGCUUUUUUGGAAUGUCACCUAACCGAAAUCGGCGACACGCACGGUGCGAAAAACAAAACUGCUCUUUGCACUGUGCGAAAACAAAAACUCUUCUUUGCACCGUGCAAUUGGCUUUUUUGGGUUGUCGCACGCACCCUGACUUUUUUCGCCCGGUGCACGUCGAACUGAGGAGUCCGGUGACCGGAAUAGACUCUUCGCUAUCAGCUUUUUACACUUCGUCUAUUUCGCAGAGAAAGAGAGAAAAAAGACACGCAAAAGCGAACUCUCUCGCCCCAAAAAUUCCCCAUUUCUUCCCCGACAAAACGUUUUUUCGCGUCUUUUUUUGGCAAAUUAACAAUCCACACCGGACUGUUUUAGCUUAUCUCAGUUUGACGUGCGGUGCAAACGCCAAAAAUCAGUCCAGCGACUCUCCGGAAGGACUAGUAAAAGAACAAAAAAAAAGACGUUUUCAAUUUUUACUGUAGGUUUUAUUUUCAGACAACCACAACAACAACGACAGCCACCACAACGACUACCACUUCAACGUCUACUACAGACCCCUCUACGGUAAGUUUAUGGGCAUUGCCCAAAACAGCAACAAGAAAUUUUUGAUUUUUAAAUUUUGGACUCUGCGAAAUUUGUGGCAGACCGCACUGUGGAUUGAGAGAAUUUUUUGACUGCACAGUGCAGUAGAAAUAGAAAAAAUUAUAAUUCCAAGGCUUAUUUUUAGACAACUACAACAACAACAACAAGGACCAACAUCACCACGACAGUCACUCCAACAUCUGAUACAGUAACCUCUAAUGUGUUGUCCUCAAGAAUUGUUCCCGGUACUAGAGAGUCGACUGAAAAGUAGGUUUUGUUGCAGUAGUCAAAAAAGCUUUUUAUUAUUAUCCUUGUAUCGCAAGAUGCGGAUUUUCGGCGAGAAUUCUUUAUUUUUGCUGCACGGUGCGAAAUUAGUUUUGCAUUUUUUGCACAGUGCAAUUUUUUGUCAAGUUUUUUUAUUGUGCGAUACAGUAAUUCUUUGGCUACCGGUACGGCCAAGUCCUCCAAUCGAACGUCCACUCAACUACCCUCUUCUGUAUCGCCAACAAGAAUUGAUCCCAAUGCCAAGCCAAGUACAAGUAAUAUGUCUUUUGUCACCACAGACUUGCCUGCACAGUAGGUUAUUUUACAGCAGGCCAAGAAGUUUUAAGCCAUUUCGAGACAUGAUUAUCUACUUUUAGCUUUGAUACGUUGGUUCUGGUCCCCUAUAACUCAGCUUUCUACAUCAGUGUUGACUCGCUUCUCGCCUUGCUAGCCCUUCUUUUACUGAGUUCCCUCGCAGGUGUGUUGGUCUACAGAAGAAGGAGAGAUAAGGUAAAGACAUUACUUUUAGGUCCUAGAAUGACGCUGCGUUUUUUAGAAAGAGAGAAACAUGAAUGCCUCAAAUCAGCGUCCUUUUAAGUCGACGGAAACUUUGAAAAAUGCAAGUGGUACUGUUGAUGUGAAGACAAAGACGGAAACUGGCAAGUCGUUCAAGGUAAGCGACGAAACUGAAAAUAUUUGUGGCUGAAUCAGAAAAAUGUCUUUUGAAGCGUGCCUCGCGGAAAGGCAUUUUAUUUAUAUUUUUUUGCAUUGUGAGGCAAAAAUUUUUUGGCACGGUGCAGUUAGAAUUAAACUAUUUUUUGUAAUGUGGUUUAAAUAUAAGCCUUCUUAGAUUGCCAUGAACACGGAAGACGAAAAUUUAACCCUCAAUAAAGCCAAAAAUGGUAACAGCAACAAGGUAAGAAUGGGGAUUCACCACCGUGCAUACCAAAAAAUGAUGACAGCACCGUGAAAUGGGAAAUUAAUUUUUGGCAUAGUGCAAGGUUUUUUGCUGUGAAAAAAGUGUUUCAAUAAAAUUUGUAAAUUUUGUCUUUUCAGAAAGCGAAGAAAGGAAAGAAGGGAAAGAAGAGUCUUGACCGCUCUGUUGUGAUCCAUAAACCCACAUCGCGCAAGUUUAAGAAAUCGGAUGGAAGCAAGAAGCUUCAUUAG